ACGGCGGCUGCGGAGUAAGGGCCCCGGCGGUAGCCCCGGACGGCUGCCGGAGGCCGAGGCGGGAGCGCGCGGGGCUGAGGCGGCGGCGGCGGCGGGAAGGGGCUGGGUUGGUGGAGCUGGCGGGACGCUGAAGAGGCUCCCCCUGCGGGACGGGCGCGGGGACGGCUCCGGGGGGGCGGGGGCCGGGGCCCGGGCCGGCUCGCGCGGAGGGUAUGAUGACCCGGCGGCGGGGCCCCAGAUCUCGUCUCCUCCGCCGCCUCCUCACGGCAGCCCCAGCUCGCGGCUGAGAACCAGACACACCGGCGGUAUGGCAUCACAGUUGCAAGUGUUUUCGCCCCCAUCAGUGUCGUCGAGUGCCUUCUGCAGUGCGAAGAAACUGAAAAUAGAGCCCUCUGGCUGGGAUGUUUCAGGACAGAGUAGCAACGACAAAUAUUAUACCCACAGCAAAACCCUCCCAUCCACACAAGGGCAAGCCAACUCCUCUCACCAGGUAGCAAAUUUCAACAUCCCUGCUUACGACCAGGGCCUCCUCCUCCCAGCUCCGGCAGUGGAGCAUAUUGUUGUAACAGCCGCUGAUAGCUCAGGCAGUGCUGCUACAUCAACCUUCCAAAGCAGCCAGACCCUGACUCACAGAAGCAACGUUUCUUUGCUUGAGCCAUAUCAAAAAUGUGGAUUGAAACGAAAAAGUGAGGAAGUUGACAGCAACGGUAGUGUGCAGAUCAUAGAAGAACAUCCCCCUCUCAUGCUGCAAAACAGGACUGUGGUGGGUGCUGCUGCCACGACCACCACUGUGACCACAAAGAGUAGCAGUUCCAGCGGAGAAGGGGAUUACCAGCUGGUCCAGCAUGAGAUCCUUUGCUCUAUGACCAAUAGCUAUGAAGUCUUGGAGUUCCUAGGCCGGGGGACAUUUGGACAGGUGGCUAAGUGCUGGAAGAGGAGCACCAAAGAAAUUGUGGCUAUUAAAAUCUUGAAGAACCACCCCUCCUAUGCCAGACAAGGACAGAUUGAAGUGAGCAUUCUUUCUCGCCUAAGCAGUGAAAAUGCUGAUGAAUAUAAUUUUGUCCGUUCAUAUGAGUGCUUUCAGCAUAAGAAUCACACCUGCCUUGUUUUUGAGAUGCUGGAGCAGAACUUAUAUGAUUUUCUAAAGCAAAACAAAUUUAGCCCACUGCCACUCAAGUACAUUAGACCAAUCUUGCAGCAAGUGGCCACAGCCUUGAUGAAGCUCAAGAGUCUUGGUCUGAUUCACGCUGACCUUAAGCCUGAAAACAUCAUGCUGGUUGAUCCAGUUCGCCAGCCCUACCGAGUGAAGGUCAUUGACUUUGGUUCUGCUAGUCACGUUUCCAAAGCUGUGUGCUCAACCUACUUACAGUCGCGUUACUACAGAGCUCCUGAAAUUAUUCUUGGGUUACCAUUUUGUGAAGCUAUUGAUAUGUGGUCAUUGGGCUGUGUGAUAGCUGAGCUGUUCCUGGGAUGGCCUCUUUAUCCUGGUGCUUCAGAAUAUGAUCAGAUUCGUUAUAUUUCACAAACACAAGGCUUGCCAGCUGAAUAUCUUCUCAGUGCCGGAACAAAAACAACAAGGUUUUUCAACAGAGAUCCUAAUUUGGGGUAUCCACUGUGGAGGCUUAAGACACCUGAAGAACAUGAACUGGAGACUGGAAUAAAAUCAAAAGAAGCUCGGAAGUACAUUUUUAAUUGCUUAGAUGACAUGGCUCAGGUGAAUAUGUCUACAGACUUAGAGGGAACAGACAUGUUGGCAGAGAAGGCAGACCGAAGAGAAUACAUUGAUCUGUUAAAAAAAAUGCUCACAAUUGAUGCAGAUAAGAGAGUUACCCCUCUAAAAACUCUUAAUCACCAGUUUGUGACAAUGACUCACCUUUUGGAUUUUCCACAUAGCAAUCAUGUUAAGUCUUGUUUUCAGAACAUGGAGAUCUGCAAGCGGAGGGUUCACAUGUAUGAUACAGUGAGUCAGAUCAAGAGUCCCUUCACUACACAUGUUGCUCCAAAUACAAGCACAAAUCUAACCAUGAGCUUCAGCAAUCAGCUCAAUACAGUGCACAAUCAGGCCAGUGUUCUAGCUUCCAGUUCUACUGCGGCCGCUGCUACUCUUUCUCUGGCUAAUUCAGAUGUCUCACUGCUAAACUACCAGUCAGCUUUGUACCCAUCAUCUGCUGCACCAGUUCCUGGAGUUGCCCAGCAGGGUGUUUCCUUGCAGCCUGGAACCACCCAGAUUUGUACUCAGACAGAUCCAUUCCAACAGACAUUUAUAGUGUGUCCACCUGCGUUUCAAACUGGACUACAAGCAACAACAAAACAUUCUGGAUUCCCUGUGAGGAUGGAUAAUGCUGUACCAAUUGUACCCCAGGCACCAGCUGCUCAGCCAUUACAGAUUCAGUCAGGAGUUCUUACACAGGGAAGCUGUACACCACUAAUGGUAGCAACUCUCCACCCUCAAGUAGCCACCAUCACACCGCAGUAUGCGGUGCCCUUUACUCUGAGCUGCGCAGCCGGCCGGCCGGCGCUGGUUGAACAGACUGCCGCUGUACUGCAGGCGUGGCCUGGAGGGACUCAGCAAAUUCUCCUGCCUUCAACUUGGCAACAGUUGCCUGGGGUAGCUCUACACAACUCUGUCCAGCCCACAGCAAUGAUUCCAGAGGCUAUGGGGAGUGGCCAGCAGCUAGCUGACUGGAGGAAUGCCCACUCUCAUGGCAACCAGUACAGCACUAUUAUGCAGCAGCCAUCCUUGCUGACUAACCAUGUGACAUUGGCUACUGCUCAGCCUUUGAAUGUUGGUGUUGCCCAUGUUGUCAGACAACAACAAUCCAGUUCCCUUCCUUCGAAGAAGAAUAAGCAGUCAGCUCCAGUCUCUUCCAAGUCCUCUCUAGAUGUUUUGCCUUCCCAAGUCUAUUCUCUGGUUGGGAGCAGUCCCCUACGUACCACUUCUUCUUAUAAUUCCUUAGUCCCUGUCCAAGAUCAGCAUCAGCCCAUCAUCAUUCCCGAUACUCCUAGCCCUCCUGUAAGUGUCAUCACUAUCCGAAGUGACACGGAUGAGGAAGAGGACAACAAAUACCAGCCCAGCAGCUCUGGCCUGAAGCCGAGGUCUAAUGUCAUCAGUUAUGUCACUGUCAAUGAUUCUCCAGACUCUGACUCUUCUUUGAGCAGCCCUUAUUCCACUGAUACUCUGAAUGCUCUCCGAGGCAAUAGUGGACCCCUUUUGGAGGGGCCUGGCAGAGUUGUGGCAGAUGGCACUGGCACCCGCACCAUCAUUGUGCCUCCACUGAAAACUCAGCUUGGUGACUGCACUGUAGCAACCCAGGCCUCAGGUCUCCUGAGCAAUAAGACCAAGCCAGUGGCUUCAGUGAGUGGGCAGUCAUCUGGAUGCUGUAUUACCCCCACAGGAUACCGAGCUCAACGCGGGGGGACCAGUGCAGCACAGCCACUUAACCUUAGCCAGAACCAGCAGUCAUCAGCGGCUCCAACCUCGCAGGAGAGAAGCAGCAACCCAGCCCCCCGCAGGCAGCAGGCAUUUGUGGCCCCACUCUCCCAAGCUCCCUAUACCUUCCAGCAUGGCAGCCCACUACACUCAACAGGGCACCCACACCUGGCCCCAGCCCCUGCUCACCUUCCAAGCCAGGCUCAUCUGUAUACUUACGCUGCCCCCACCUCUGCUGCUGCACUGGGCUCUACCAGCUCCAUUGCUCAUCUUUUCUCGCCCCAGGGCUCUUCAAGGCAUGCUGCAGCCUAUACUACUCACCCUAGCACUUUGGUGCACCAGGUCCCUGUCAGUGUUGGGCCCAGCCUCCUCACUUCUGCCAGCGUGGCCCCUGCUCAGUACCAACACCAGUUUGCCACCCAGUCCUACAUUGGGUCUUCCCGAGGCUCAGCAAUUUACACUGGAUACCCACUAAGUCCUACCAAGAUCAGCCAGUAUUCCUACUUAUAGUUGGUGAGCAUGAGGGAGGAGGAGUCAUGGCUACCUGCUCCUGGCCCUGAGUUCUUAAUAAUGGGCUAUGGUGAGAUACUCCUUUACCCUCUUGAAACUUCUCAGCCAGCAACUUGUUCUGCAGGGGCCCACUGAAGCAGAAGGUUUUUCUCUGGGGGAACCUGUCUCAGUGUUGACUGCAUUGUUGUAGUCUCCCAAAGUUUGCCCUAUUUUUAAAUUCUUUAUUUUUGUGACAGCAAUUUUGGUACUUGGAAGAGUUCAGAUGCCCAUCUUCUGCAGUUACCAAGUAAGAGAGAUUGUUUUGAAGUUACCCUCUGAAAAACAUUUUGUCUCUCUGACUUGAUUUCUAUAAAUGCUUUUAAAAACAAGUGAAGCCCCUCUUUAUUUCAUUUUGUGUUAUUGUGAUUGCUGGUCAGGAAAAAUACUGAUAGAAGGACUUGAAAUCUGAAGA